GUGGUGGUAUCUGGGAUCGAAGGAAAAUGGCGGCCGAGAAAGAAACAGGAAGCGACUCUUUCAAUAUAAAUGAGUUUAUAGUGUCAACAGAACCAAAACCUCAGCCACCAAUCGACCGCAAUGGUGAAGAUAUACCGCUAAAUCCAGGCGAACAAGCCGAGGAAGCCCACAAGGAAGAGCUGAGGGCUCAAAUACGAACGAUUGAAGAGGAGAUCACUACCCUGAAGCAGGCCUUGGCACGGAAAGAGAACCAGCUUGCAGACCUUAAGAGAGAGCUGGGGAUCACAGCUUGGUCACAGAUCAAGGAGGGGCUUGGUAACACCUAUCAUGGAGUCCAGCAGUCUAGAGCAUAUCAAAAGACCUCUGAGAGUCUCAAGGACUUAAAUGAGAAAAUAGUGCACUCUGAGGCGUAUAACAAGCUCAGUCAAGGAGCAUCCGCCACCAAGGUAGUCCUUGUCGAUGCUAGUGAGAAGACAGUUAGUGCUGUGAAAACUGCAAGCUCAGCCACAGCAAAGAAACUUGGAGAGAUCAGACAGUCAAACUCAUUCCAGUCAUUUGAAAGCAAACUUUACUCCACGACAGCUGCUAUCAAGGAUAAGGUGGUAGGGCCAAAGCAGAGUAGUUUUGAUGAAGUUCUGGAUGAGUCAGCCAAAGCCGAGAAGGAACUGGACACUAAAGAGAAAACACCAGAACAUGUGGUACCAUAGAUGAGAAUGGGCACAAGUGAACCAGAUUGCUAAAUAGAAUCGUUACACUUAGAAUGAUCACGUGAAUAGGAUUACAUGCAUAUAUGUUUAAUGGUCGAAAAUGGAAUAUUAAGGGACUUUGUCUACCCAUCCAUGGUGCAACCUGCAACAUGUUUUGUAUUUUUCAAAUACAAAUGCUUCUAAAGAUAUUUUUGUCAAGAUAUUUUUGGGCUGGUAAGCUGAAAUCCUGCACUGUAUUGGGGAUGACUAACAGGACACUAAUAGGACACCUUUGUGUCUCCUUUGAUUAUUAGUGCCUGUUUGUUAGUGCCUGAUUGUUAGUGCCUGAUUGUUAGUGCCUGCCCCAGACGUUCUUACCUGUCUGAUUGGGUUUCCUGUGGUUGUCAAGAGUUGUGACGUCACAGGAAACCAUCGUUCGUCCAAGGCCCCAAGCUGCCUUAGGUUCUCUCUAUGUGCACAGAAAACCCGGUAAGAACGCGGUGGGCUAGAUAUAGAGUGCAGUCCUAUCAAUUUGCCGCCAAUGUGUCAGCAAGGCUCACUCGAUAAUUGUUAAACACAAACUUUAAAAAGUAAAACAGUUUUUCAUUGCUUCUGCCCAUGUUUUGUAAUGAAUUUAUGAGAACAAUAAAUUAAUGGGUUUAUAAAUCA